AUGGCAAAACAGGACGUGGUUCCCGUGUCGUCCUGCUUCAGGAGCCAGCUGCUGACUCCCAAAUUGAAGGGUGGUUCAGGCAAAACCGGUCGCACCGACCGGGCGGCCAAGCGCCAGGAGCCCGAGCCUGCAGCCAAUCCUGGUCGCAAGGACGCGGCCUCCGCUGGAGACCAGGAUUGGCAACGUGUUGGCCGGAAGGGCAAGUCCAAGACUGAGGAGCCCUUCUCGUUGCGUUCCCAGGACUGGGAUGCUCCCAUCAUGGAGCCAGCCAAAAAGCAGAUCGAGACUGUGCAAACGAUGCUCAGAGGCACCACGAAGGCGCAUAAGGCCCUGCUCAUCUAUCUGCAUCCUGAGGGCAAGACGCGCAUUCCUGGCAAGGUUGGCAACCAGCUUGCAUUCAGACAAGGUACCAUAGCGCAGGUUCGCAAGUCCACCACUGAACAAUGCCCGCAGCCUGUGGGUAUGCCGCAAAAAGGGGUUGCCAUUAAACCCAUUAAGAUGGCUGUUGUGUACUUCAAGGUUCCGAAGGUGCACUUGUCCGAGGAAGGUUGGAAGAAGUUCAGCUCACAGCCGGCGCGCGCCGCGGCGGCUUGGGCUGCCUCCCAUCAUGUUGCUUUAGCCGACAGCUGGGGAUGGGUGGAAGAGAAGCCCAAAGAAAGCAAGUCUGGUGUGCAAAUGUUGGGACUUGCGAGGCUUGCUGCUGCAGACAUCACCUCGCUCAUGGCCAUGUCCGGCCAAGGUGGCAUCUUUGUUGACGCUCCGCGUGAUGUGAUUAGGUCCUCGGUUGAAUGGCUUGAGAAGCCAGAUUCCGAGUCUCCUGCGGCGUUGUUGGAGCGUGCUCUUAGACUUGCUCCGGCUUUGGGUCUUGCCGUGCAAGGCGGGCGCAUUGGCCUGCGCCAGUCCCGUGCUGAAAACCAGGCUGCGCAGAGAGUGUGGCAGAUCCCGCGCGUGCCUUCUGACUGGAGCCCGGCUGAGGUCCGAACAGUCUUGGCCACGGGUUUUGAUAAGGUCACUUUGAUCAAUUGGCGUCGCCAGGGCACCGAAUACACCUACCGUUUUCGGGGCACGCGUAGGGAUGGGGAUCGUGAUCUGGUCCCGUUAGUGGCCUCCUUGAUUGAUGCUGCUGGAACCGGCUUCAACCUUACUAUGUGGGCUUCGGUUGCACCAACCAAGGUGGAUGAGCAGGGCAAGGAAAUUUCCCCAGCCAAAAAGAUUGCGGCUGAGCACAGGGAGAUUCCCAAGCAAUGUGAGUUGCACAAAAUGCCGGCCGACGGGGCAUGCUUUUUCCACGCAGUGGCGAAGGGGUUGCACUGGCUUUCCGGGCCGAAAAAGGCCGAGUACUGCCAUAGGCAGCUUCGUGCUCGUGUCGCGGCGCACCUCAAGAAGUAUGCGUCAGAAUACAUACAGGAGUGGGACGGUCUCGGCCCGUCACUUGAGAAGAUGCGCGAGGAGGCUGCCGCCCCGCAGGAGGCGUUUGAGAGGUACCUGGCAGCCAUCGCUGGCGAGUCUGCCUAUGCCAGCGAGCUCGAGGCCCGGGCGAUCUCCCGAAUUUUCAACUGUUGUCUUUGUGUGAUCCCACAGGAUGGCCGUUUUGCACCCAUGCUGUUCCGGGAGAGUCAGCGUUCACGCAGCAUCGUCCUUUGGUACACUUCCAAACACAUUGACUUGUUGUUGCCGUCCGGAGAUGCCACAGCAUAUCAUGAUGACCUCUUUCUGCCUUCGCCAGGUUUUGUUGAAGCUACGAAGGCCAAGGGACGGGCCCGCGUUGUCAAGUGGUGUGCUGAUGGCUUUGCCAAGUGCCGACUUUGCCCAUGGUCUCGGCCUUGCACUGACCCUGCCAAGGCCAAGGAGCUCCUGCGUGGCCACUUCCGUACGCUUCACAAAGGACAGACGCCCUCCGGCCUUACGCCCAUGAACUGCCAGUUGCCCUCACUUGUGUCUUGCCUUCAGGAUGGGCCUGCAUGGUGGAAGUGCCCACUGUGUUCAAUGGGCAUUCCGUACGAAGCCGGCGCCCGGGCCGGCGCGCCUCGUGUGGCUCGCGACCAAAUGCUGCACAAGAGUUCGCGCCAUCCGCGGGUCACGUGGGUUAAGUGGCGUAAAGCCAUGUAUGGGCAGCGAGCGGAUAAGUGGCCUCGGCCACGCGGGGAUGACCAGCAGCAGGCUGUCAAGUUUGUCAAGGCCUGGGUUUGUCUUAAGUGCCACGCUCCGUUUGAGCAAGACAAGGGUGCGGAGGAGCAUGUCCCGAGCAAGACCAAGUUUGAGACUAGCAAGGCGGCUGGCACCUACCGCCAACAGGGCCUUGCUGCGUUUGAGCAAGUGUGCCACCUUGAUGUGAUUGUGUUGCCUGAAGCCGACAUCCCGGAGUGCUCGGCUGUCCGUUUUUGUCAUUCUUGCAAGGCCUUCGGUCGGCACGCUUGCGUGAGUCGACCGCUUCAUGGGAAGUGCAGGGUGGCGGUUUUGAGUUCCAUGCCUUUCAAACAAGUUCAGCUUGGCGUUGAGGAGGCUGCGGGCCGCUGUGCUGCUGUCUUGAUUGACUGCAUCAAUUCUGCCGGGGCCGUGGAGCCCAUUCUCUUUGUGGGCCUCUACCUUGAGGUUGGCAAUGAGCCGGCGGCGGCGGGUCAGGCUGAACACGCCCUUCAGCAGGCCCUCCAUACAGGCUUCAGGUUCGUUGUGAUAGGUGACUGGAACUUGCUUCCUGAGCAUCCUGUACUCCUUGAGUAUUGCGCAUCCGGCCUUGUGAGCUGUGCGGAUGAGUGUCGCCCUGGCGAGCUGCUCCCUGCCACUGGUCCGGUGUAUCAGGGCAGUCGCCGUCCCCGCAGGCGUAGCUGCAAGGCUGACCUGUCCCGCAGCGAGGUUGAGCAGGCCUUCGAGUCUUGGGAUGAUUCUGCGUUUGAGCAUGCCCUGGCCGUUGGUGACACUGAUGCCGCGUGGCGCAUGUUAUCGGAUGCGGCUGAGGCCAUCUUGUGCGAUCAGGACGAAUCGGCCAUUCCUAGAUCAUUGUGUUGGCAGCCUUCUGCACCCAAGCGUGCGUCCAAAGCCGGCAAAAGCCCUGUGCGAUCCGCGGGCCUCAGGGCCCUUCUGCAGCUGCAAGCCCGUUUGCGUGUUGCCCUGGAUCGUGGUUGGGAUGGGGCAGUGCGGCGAAGGAUUUGCCGAUCCCUCAGGGGCGUGAGGCAGGUUGUGCUUGAGCUGCCGUACUUUCAGGAGGUUGACGAGGUCAUGCUCCGGGUGGUUUCGGAGCUUGCGCAGGCAUACACUAACCAUGAGCGGGUGACUGCUAAAGCCCUUUGGAAGGAGAGGAUGCGGAGCAGUGAGGGUGCUGUCCGCAACUUUGUCAAGCGGCGUGCUGAAGCCAUUCUGGAAUGGGAGUCCUCCUCUGAGCCCCAGCCGUUUCCCUCCUCGGGCCAUCACCCUGCUUUGGAGGUGGAGAAGCACUCAAAGGAUUGGCUUGCCAAGUGGACGGCCCGUCCCUGUGGUGACGUUGAGGUUGUGGAGUCCAUCCUGCGGGAGAUCCCUAGCCUUCCGCCUUGUUCCGUCGACUUUUGCUUUGAGGCUUCUGCGCUACGGGCGGCAGCAGCCACCAUGCGGACUCGCGCCCCAGGUCCUGACUGCUGGUCAGCUGACCUUUUGCUUUACAUGCCGCAGAGGUGGUGGCAAUGUGCGGCCAAACUGCGGUCCGUUGUCAUGGAUGCUCUUCAACAACUCCAGUGGGAGAUUUCGAAUGGCUGCCGGGCCGCAGUUCAACAAGAUGUGGCCGGCUACUUCGAUUCUUUGGAUCAUGCUUUGACAGCCAAGGUCCUUCGCCAUCUCGGCGCUCCGGAGUGCUUUGUGCGGCUUUUCACUGCAGCUUGUUCAGGUAGCAUGCGCCUUUUCUCACUCAGCGGAGCACUUGGCUCGGAUUGGGGCCGUCCUACCCGUGGUGUGCCCCAAGGUUGCCCUUUGAGUCCGUUGAUUUCCGCCUCCGUGACACACGCCUGGGCCUGUUAUGUCCUCGGUGCAUCCGAGGAGAUGCACAAACCCGUGUCCGGCUGCGGGUACGUUGAUGACCGCACGUUGCUGCUUAGGGCCAGGGGUUCUUUUGAGCACCUUCGAGCUGCUGUGCGGAGGUCUGAUGCCUUUGAUCGGGCCUUCGGUCUUGAAGUUUCGCUUUCCAAAUGUGCAGUUGUUGCCGCGGCUGACUCUGGCGAGGCUCGGCUCCUUGCCGCAGACCUAGGUUACAAGCAUACCCAGGUACUGGAAUCUUUGGGUAUCUGUGCCCCCUUUCAGGACGGUUGGGGACUCCUCAGAUUCUCCUUGCGGCGAGUCACCCUUCGCCUUCGCCUCCUCAAGUGCGUUGACCUCAGUGCUCCGCAGGCCUGCAAACUCUUCAGGUCCCUGAUUCUGCCGUGCUUUACUUGGGCCGCUGCCUAUGCCUCGCCGGAGGCUAGGGAGCUAACUGCUCUGCGCAAUGAGCUCAGGUAUGUGCUCCAGGCUUGCGCUGGCAGGGAUGCGGCGGCCGUGCUGCUUUACGAGGUGGCUGGCUGGCAGCUUGAGCCCAACUUUAGUAUGGACUGUGCUGUCCUGCGAUCCUUUUGGCGGGCCACCGUCAGCCCUAAGUGCUGGACAGAGCUGCUGCCUAUCCCUGAGCUGAGAGGGUAUGUCCUUCGUGCCCUUCCCCGCUUGUCUGACACGUUGCAACACUUAGGCUGGUGGUUGUCGGCGGACUCCAUGACGGUCCAAAAGCUGGAUGAACUUGGCAAUGUCCGGCAAGUGCAUGUUGGCUUCGAGUCUUUUCGCGGCCUUGUGGCCUGGCUGCGCCAGCACUACAGACACUUGUAUCUGCAGAAGGCUGGCAGGGUGUGGCAUCCUGCAAGGCGGGAUGAAGAGGACCUGGCUGUGGGGCUUCGUCUCCAGACUCCGACCACGGAUGCUGUGUUUGAGUUUGCUGGGCACAAGCUUACUUUUGCUUCAGCAGCGGGUGAUAG